UCGAAGUCCUCAGCUAGCUCUGCCAAGUCUGGACCAAGGCGGAGAUUCAUCUCCAGUUCUUCUCACAUUCUUCGACCCCGCGAACCCGAAUUCAAAGUUUUCUCCACGACUUCGCUUCGUUCUUCAUUCGCUCUCCGUCUCUCCCUCGAAUUUCUUGCGGCGACGACUCGCCGCCUACAACGCUGCCGAAAGGAAUUUAGCAACAGCGUGAAAGAGAAAUAAUGGACAUCGAAGAGUUCCGAAAUCGGGGGAAGGAAAUGGUGGACUACAUCUGCGAAUUUAUGAACAACCUUCACGAAAGACGAGUUACUCCGGACGUCGGUCCUGGUUAUUUACGCCCCCUUUUAUCCGGAGUAGCGCCUCAGGAUCCGGAGUCGUGGGAUGACAUAAUGAAGGACGUCGAAUCCAAGAUAAUGCCUGGGAUCACUCACUGGCAGCAUCCAAGAUUCCACGCUUAUUUUCCUGCCGGAAAUUCCUUCCCUUCGAUCCUCGGCGACAUGUUAUCGGACGCCAUCGGAUGCAUAGGAUUCUCGUGGGCCGCAAGUCCCGCCUGUACGGAACUAGAAACGAUAGUCUGCGAGUGGCUUGGAAAAGCAAUCGGCCUUCCAAACGACUUCCUGUAUUUCAGCGAGGGGAGUAAAGGGGGUGGUGUGAUUCAGGGUUCUGCCUCGGAAUGCGUUUUGGUCUGUAUGUUGGCUGCUCGGGCGCAGGCGAUCGCAAGGUUGAAGGAAUCGCCGGCUCACUCGCAACUCGACGAAUCAACCCUACUUGGAAAGUUGAUGGCUUAUUGCAGUCGCGAGAGCCACAGUUGCGUAGAAAAAGACGCGAUGAUCUGUUUCGUAAAAUUGCGAAUAUUAGAACCCGAUGAGCGGAGCAUUCUCAGGGGAGAAACCGUCCAACAGGCUAUUGAGGCGGACAUAGCGGAGGGUUACGUUCCAUUCUUCGUAUCGACAACAUUGGGAACGACCGCGUGUUGCUCAUUCGAUAAUCUCAAAGAGAUUGGACCAGUCUGCAAAAAAUGGCCAGGCAUCUGGCUUCACGUGGAUGCUGCUUACGCUGGUAACUCCUUCAUCUGUCCUGAAUUGAAGCCGUUGAUGGCUGGCAUAGAAUAUGCGGAUUCAUUCAACACGAAUCCGAAUAAAUUCCUGCUCACCAAUUUCGACUGCUCUUGCCUGUGGGUAAGAGAUCGUUUCAAGCUGACGAGCGCCCUGGUCGUAGAUCCUCUUUACCUGCAGCAUACGCACGCCGAUACGGCAAUCGAUUACAGACACUGGAGUAUCCCGUUGAGCAGAAGAUUUCGCUCCCUCAAAAUAUGGUUCGUGCUAAGAAGCUACGGAAUAUCAGGACUUCAGGCUUAUAUUCGCAAUCACAUCAAUUUGGCAAAAAGAUUCGAAACUCUAGUAAAAAAGGACACGAGAUUCGAAGUCUGCAACGAUGUUACGCUGGGGCUCGUUUGCUUCCGAGCUAAGGGAUCGGAUAAACUGAAUCAAAAACUACUGAGCGUUAUCAACGACUCGGGUAAAAUUCAUAUGAUUCCAGCCCGUGUGAAUCAACGAUACACGAUUCGCUUUGCUCUUGCCGCUCCAAACGCCACGGAAUCCGACGUCGACACCGCCUGGAGCAUCAUCACCGAUUUCGCAUCCGAGCUCCUGGAAUCCAAGGACGUGAUGGACGAGCUGGCCGAUAUCCGAGAGAAGAAGAGGAAGGCUACGUUAGAGCAAAGAAGAUCGUUCUUCGUUCGUAUGGUUUCCGAUCCAGCGAUUCAACCCGGUUUUACGAAAACCCCAAAUCAGCCGACAGCAAAGCUCGAAACUCAGGCGACGAUUGCCGGAAUGGAAUCCAACAGCAAUCCGCCCACGGUGCACUCCUGGAUAUCGUGGCCUCUGGCCUAUCUUCUCCAAUCACGUGACUCUGCAUCGGAGACAGGGGAGCUGUCGCUCAGGUUCAGACAUCUCGAUACAAUGGUGCGACUCAAAACUAGCAACAACAGCAGCAGGAGGGGCAGUAGCAACGCUUGUAGCCCGGAACCUUCGCCCUCUGCGUCGCCGUCCAGAGGUCGGAGUCCGAACGGGCGUUCGUAAUCCAAAUUACCAAAAGCCUAUACGUUUUUCCACGCCUCAGAUGCUGAGGGAUAGUCCAAGGAAGAUAAUUCUCUUUUCGUAGAAUUAUACUAUACAAUAGAUAUCAAAGAGACAAUAAAAAUGAAAUUGAUAAUUAGCCAAAUGAUUAAGUAUUUAACGAAAUAUAGCCGAAAUAUCGGUUGUUGACUAUGCAUUUUAUCGUGGCUUUGGAUAAUAGCCGAACAGCAAAAUUAUGAUCGAGCGAAUAACGUGAUUUUGGCAUAAUAAUAAAAGCUUGACCGCAUAUCAGCUUAUUAAAUUCACGCUGUAUACAUGCCGAGAGAAAAAAAUAAAUAAAUUACUGAGGAUAAAAACUCUAUUGAUU